AUGAGGUCCAAAAUCGGGGAUUUUGCCGGAUUUUACCUACGCGCCUCAGGCCGGGCUUUCAUGGGUCCUAGCCCCUCACAGCCUCUCACAGCCCCCCACACUGCUCACUAUACUGCUCACCGGCUCUGCUCAGCCUCGACGGCCGGCUACGGACCUGGGUGCAACGUCUGGUACCAACAAAAAUGUGACACCUGGCAGCGCUCGAACAUGCUAUUUUGUUGCACAGUUCCACGCAGAAUGCGCUCUACACAAGUUGCACAACCCGUGCCGCCGGAAUUAGACGACCGCACUGGCAGAGGGUCCAAGCGGGGCCUCAUUGCCCCAUGCACCCCAUGUGA